AGAGGCAGCUGGCGGUGUGUGACAGGAGUGCUGCACAAUUUCUGGAGAGCCAGCUUAUAUUCCCAGUGACCGGAGAUCAUCACUGUAGCAACCGAUCGGUAAUACCUCCUGCGAGAGAUUACGCUGUUUCUGGUGGUGCUGGCUGAGAGGCAUCUGAUGGGGUGGAGCAGUGACAGGCUCUACAGACUGUGUGGCUGGGAACUAGGUGACACAACCUACCCUCCCUUUUGAAGGACAGCCCUGGAGGUAGCCCUACUUUGAAGUAACAGACGGUGGGAGGAGCAGAGACAGUAUCUUGCUGCAGCUGCAGACAGAGGUCAGCUCACAGUGGUUAACUGAGGCCUACCUAACCCUUGUAACGCAGUGGUUCCUGAGAGAUCAGAGGAUUUGUUGCCAGUGGAGGAGAUGCUGGAAGAUCCCGGACGAGCGCCCUGAAAUGUUAGGGUACUUUGACUACUCUAGGUCUGGUCUAUCAACUCUCUUCAGUCAUCAGUCAGAACUCUGUUCUUGUAGCAACCGGUUGGAGUGAAUGCGGACUGUAUUGUACCUGUGCUACGUGAAAUCUACUAAAUACAUUCUUGAUUAGAGGAAAGAAUCUGAAUUCUUCAUCAUGUGGCUUCCUGUGCUGGUGGUGUUGGCCCUCAUCCUCCUGUACAGAUGGUACAGACAGAGUCAGAUGCUGGAGCGCCUCUCGGAUAAAUAUGUCUUCAUCACCGGAUGUGACUCUGGAUUUGGGAACAUGUUGGUGAAGCAGCUGGACAGACGUGGAAUGAGGGUUCUGGCUGCCUGUCUGACGGAGACAGGAGCUGACGACAUUAAGAAGGAGACCUCCAGCAGAGUACAGACUGUAAUUCUGGAUGUUACUGACAGCAAAAGUGUGAGCUCUGCUGCCAAGUGGGUAUCCGUCACUGUUGGAAAUGCAGGGCUCUGGGGCUUGGUGAAUAAUGCUGGUUUUGGUUUUGCCUUUGGUCCUAAUGAGUGGCAAAAAGUUGAGGAUUUCUCCAAGGUUCUCAAUGUGAAUUUGCUUGGUACCAUCAAUAUCACGGUGAACCUGCUGCAUCUUAUCCGAAAGGCCCGGGGACGCAUUGUUAAUGUAACCAGUAAUUUGGGAAGACUGGCUUUGGUCGGUGGAGGUUAUUGUCCAUCUAAGUAUGGUGUGGAGGCCUUCUCAGAUAGCCUAAGAAGGGAAAUGCGUGACUUUGGGGUAAAAGUCUCUAUCGUAGAACCAGGCGCUUUUCAAACUAAGAUGUCAAACCCAGAUGGUCAUGUAAAUAACUUGAGGCGUCUGUGGGAAAAUCUCCCUACAGCAGUGAAGGACAGCUAUGGCCAGCACUACUAUGAGCAAUAUAUCAAGCAACUGAAAAGUUUAAUAGCAACAGCUAGCCCAAGAGCUCACAUGGUGCCAGACUGUAUGGAACAUGCUGUGACUGCUGUCUACCCCUGGACAAGAUACUCUCCUGGAUGGGACUGCAAGCUCUUCUACCUCCCUAUGUCCUACCUCCCUACUGUCAUAUCCGACUAUGUGCUGUGUCGCUCAGCACCCAAACCAGCUUGUAUGUGAUUUUCGUCAGAACACAACACAACAUUGUCACAUGAUCUCUUAUUUUAAAAUAUUUUAAAAUUACAUUUGUAUGUUACCAUCUUAAAGCUUAACAAAGACUUUCUUUUUUAAUGCUGACUUUUAUUUUUCUCAGAAAAAUAAAAAAUCACAAUGUCUUUUGUUUAAGUACUUUUUCAAGUAUAUUUGUAAUCAAGAGACUGGCUAGACUCAUCAUAGUAGCAACGUUAAUUAAAAUAUGCCAAUAUAGGACUAGAUAACAGAGAGCGUUCCCAAAAUGAAGUUACCAAUAUAACAGAUAUGACUGCUAACAAAGAGACGAGAAAAAAAAAAAGGAACUGAAGGAAAUUGCUGUAUGAUGAAGGGAAAGCUAUUAAAAACAUAAUAAAAAAAGUUAUACUAAAUUUAAAAUGAUAUAAAAGCAUACUUGCCUACUUUUGAAAACUAGAAUCAGGGCGAUUACAGUAGGAUGUGCCACGUCAUCAAUGGGGCGUGUCAUACUCUGCCCAAGGGGUGUGUCUAGUUCCACUAAUAGGUGUGUCUAUGCUUAAAUGCUUGUUGUUGUGAGAUAUUUCUAUAUAACUUUAGUAGCAAUAUAUUUUUGGAAAUUUUGCAAGUAUGGAUAUUAACAUUGCUGUCUGCAAUACAGGGUUUCUUGUUUGCAAUAUAUAUAUAUUCGUUGGAAUAUUUCAUUUCUUCUCACUCUGCACAAUAUACAGUACAUGAUAAUUGUGAUGCGUAUGCAAUAAAUUCCAAAUGCAAUUUGA